AUGUCGAUAAGGUUGCGUGAGCUGAUCCGGGCCGUGCGGGCGUGCAAGACCGCGGCCGAGGAGCGAGGCGUCGUUGCGCAGGAAUGUGCCCGAAUCCGGACGGCGUUCAAGGAGGAAGACACCGAGUUCCGCAACCGGAAUGUCGCCAAGCUGCUCUUCAUCCACAUGCUUGGCUACCCGUCGCACUUCGGGCAGAUGGAGUGCAUCAAGCUCAUCACGUCCCCCAACUACAUGGACAAGCGGAUCGGGUACCUCGGCCUUACCCUGCUGCUCACGGACCAGGAGGAAGUUCUGAUGCUCGUGACGAACUCCCUCAAGGUUGACAUGCACAGCAGCAACAUGUUCGUGGCCGGCUUAAGUCUCACUACUGUCGGCAACCUCGCGACCCCGGACAUAGCCCGCGAUCUGAUGAUGGAGGUGGAGAAGCACCUCAGGGGGGGAAGACCAUACCUUGUCAAGAAGGCCGCCCUUUGCUGCAUCCGCAUCCUGAGGCACCUCCCGGAGCACGUGGAAGACUUCAUGGAGCGAAUCAUGGAGGUUCUUAAGGACAGGCAUCACGGUGUGCUGGUCGCCGGCGUGCAGCUAAUCACGGCUGUGGUGGAGUCGGACCCCAAGGAGUACGCCCCGGCGUUUGCAUCGGUGGCCCCUUCGCUGGUGAAGAUGCUCAGGAACCUUCUCUCGGUGGGGUAUGCUCCAGAGCACGACGUGGCGGGUGUUUCGGACCCCUUUUUGCAGGUGCAUAUCCUGCGACUCCUGAGGCUGCUGGGGCAGCAUGCGGAGGGGGUUACGGACACCAUGUCAGACGCUCUCGCUCAGGUGGCGAGCAACACGGAGACUGCCAAGAACGCCGGCAACGCCAUCCUCUACGAGUGCGUGCAGACGAUCAUGACGCUCGACACCGAGAACGGCCUCAAGGUGCUGGCGGUAAACAUCUUGGGACGGUUCCUCCUGAACCGCGAUAACAACAUCCGGUACGUGGCGCUCAACACCCUGGGAAAGGUGGUGCAGCUGGACCCGGCCUCCGUGCAGCGGCACCGGUCCACCAUCGUGGACUGCCUCAAAGACCCGGACAUAUCCAUUCGACAGCGAGCAUUGGAGCUGAUCCAUCAGCUCGUCAACGAGAGCACCGUGGUUAGCCUCACUCGGGAGAUGCUCAAUUAUCUGGUGGUGGCGAUGCCGGAACACAAGGCGCAGCUGUGCGACAAGAUCACCGCUGCGGCAGAAAGGUACGCACCGGACCGUCGGUGGAGAAUAGAGACGCUCAUCACCAUGCUGAGCAUCGCCGGCAGCCACUGCAACGAGCGCAUCACGUCCGGCACGAUAAUGUACAUCGGGCAGUGCAAGGAGUUCCACGGACAGGCGGUGCACAAGCUCGCCGCCGCGCUGCAGGAGGAUAUGGUGGCGGCUCCCUCCGGCCUCAUGAAGGUCGCGGUCUGGUGCAUCGGCGAGUUUGCAGACUUGCUAGCGAGCCCACAAGACGCUUUUCCUGCUGUUGAAGGGGGUUCCGCGAUGUGCCCCGCUCAGGAUGCGAUGCCUCACGAAGAGAUCAUCGACCUCCUGGAGGACCUGUUGAAUCACCACAGCGCGACCGCGUCAUCGCGAAGCAGCGCUCUCACCGCCCUCGCCAAGGCCUCCUACAGACUCGGGGAAGGGCUCGGGGAGGAUGGGAAGGCCAGGGUGGAGGAGAUGCUCGAGGGGUACCGAUCUUCCAUCACCCUGGAGCUGCAACAGAGGUCCUGCGAGUACCUGAACCUGCUCUCGCCACAGUGGGACGUGGUGAAAAAGGAGGCCCUGGACCGGAUGCCCGUCAUGGACGAGGAGGCUUUCCGGGAGAGGCGCGCCCGCUACACGAUGGGCGCCGGCAUGGGCGCCUUCGACGACGCUCCAGGAGCGGGAGACCGGUCUCCCAAGCCGCAGGCGUCCGCCUCUUCCUCAGCCCCCGCCGCCGGCCCCUCGCCCUCCAAGAACGGUCUGCCCAUCCCUAGCUGCAGCAGCAACGGCGGAGGCGACCUUCUAGAUUUGGAGGAUAUUUUCGGAGGCGGCGGUGGGAGUGCUCCCGCCGCCGCCACCGCGGCCGCCGUGUCACCGGCAGUGGCGGCGGCGGCGGCACCGGGAGCGGGGAACGGGGCGGCGGCGGCGGCUGCGGCGGGUGGCGUAGAUUUGUUGGCGGAUGUGUUCGGGGGUGGGGGGGGGCUGGUGCCGAGUAAGGCGGCGCCGGCGAAUACGGCGGCGCCGGGGCCGGGGCCGGUGGCGGUCGGCGGAGAUAGCGACGACUUCGGAGGGUUUGAGGUUGCGCCGCCUCGAGAGGAGAAGAUGGUGGCGUUCGAUAAGAGCGGUUUGAGAGUAGUGUUUUCGCCGUCGAAGCCGGACGCGUCGGAUCCUUCCAAGAGCAAGGUGUCGAUCGCCUUCACCAACACCUCGGACGAGGAAAUUUCCGGCCUGGUGUUCCAGGCUGCGGUGCCCAAGUCGUUUACGAUGAAAAUGGGAGCUCUUUCGGGCCACAAUCUGCCCCCCCACAGCGAUGGCGUGGUGUCUCAGGAAAUCAACGUGACGAACGCGAUGCAGGGAACGAAGAGCUUGAUGAUGAAGCUCAAGAUUCAGUUCCGACGCGGGACUGUCAACGUAGCGGAGGUGGCGCAGGUGGCUCAGUUCCCUGCCGGCUUCUGACGGGAAGGAAUGUCAGGGUCGUGACACCAGGGUAGCCGGCGGAAGACGAUGCGACCCCCCCCCCCCUCCACUCGCCCGCCUGGAGACGUUUUUUCCGGCCGUGUGGGUUUAUCCCGCCAAGGAGAGGGGUAGUGUGGCUGGCGGAGGGAUAAAGUUUCCUGAUUGGUCUUGGCUAAGCUAGAGAGCGUUUUUGUUGUUCCUGCCGCCAUUUUAUUUUAUUUUUUUCUUUCGUGCCUCGUUGUGUCCGAGGAUUCCGUACAAUACUAAGUUUUUUCCGCCUAUCUGGGGGCAGUGGUUUGUCCCGCCCACCCCAAUUGAAACAGGAGUGCGUGUU